AUGGGAAUUAGCAAACUCCAGUACCUAUUACAGAGUGUUUUGUGGCUGGUGUGCCUACAGUCGUGCCUAGGAGCUCACUUCGCGUCGCAUGUGAGUGUCAACACGCCUGGACACAGUUAUUCACACGGUGUCGGCAAUCCUGUUUCUGUGUUACAGAGAUUCCCUACAAGGAGGACAAGGCGGCCAGCGCAGCAGCAACCAGGUUAUCCUCGACAAAAGCCAAGAAUACCCUUCGAAGUCGAAGAUUUACCCCCCCAUAGAGGACAUGGCAAUGGAAAUAAUAAUCGAUGGAAUAACAAUGUUUUAGGUGCUUAUGAUACUAACACUCAAGCUAUACCACUGCUACCUCCAUCCCCAUAUAAAGUAGACUCUCCAGAUCCAGAGUCUCUAUGGCCUGUGGGGUUAUUUAUACCUCCCAUUACACCCUUGCAUUAUAGCCCUUUAAAACGAUCAGAUACGGCCAAAACUGCAGAAAUUGAUAAAGAAGAUCCUUAUUUGAUACAAGGUUCGGAAGCAGUGGCAGCCUCAUUAAGGGCACCGCGUGGACCGUACUUCCACGAAAUACCACACAUAAAAUCGCUUCUCGCCAAUCAACAACUAAGAAUCAAAAACAAUCUCACACCCAACAGGCUAGCGAGCAUACGAAAAACUUGGCCGUACAACAGAGCAUAG